UCAAACUCGCAGAGAAACAACGCUUUACUACGAGCACAGAGGGCUCGAGCUGCACGCAUGACAACAGAAACCUCCAAAGAAAACUAUGUAUCCCGAGAGCAAACUGUGAGAGGCAUAACCACAGGGACAAAGACAGUUUGAAAUAUACUUUUUUUAUUUACUGUGGAGGAGUAUUUUUUUUUUUUUUUGCUGAAAAGGCGAAAGAAGCGAAAAAGCACCGGCGGGCAGCGUCGAACAAGUUCGUUUUAUGGAAGAAACCAAAAACACAACACAAGAGGAGCAGAUGAUAGGCUGGUUUGGUGCACAAAGAGACGCGUCUUUGUAUGUUUUGUGCUCCAAGUGUCAGACACACAGACAGAGAAGAGUCAUCCUCGGCGUGUUGGUAUCUGGCUGAAGUAUUACUCAGACCGAUAAAAGUGUCCCGGGGAAGCCUUGGAGAGGACGGGGCAACGCGGAGAGGCGGGUGCAGAUUUUCUUGUAGUGUGCUGACUGAAUGCAGAGGAAACACUGAAAGCUGUUCUCCAGGCCUCCCUGCAGCUUCAGGGGAGAUUGUCAGAUGUGUACCCAGCACUCAAAGCCCUUGGUGUGGCCGCGGGGAUGGCAGCCUCUGCCCUGAACCUGAAUGGCCUUGGAGUCAUGAACAGCAGUAAUCAGUUUCACACCCAACCAGGCUCCUCUAGUACCACCUCUCGAACUAGAACCAGUCCGGUCGGUCGACCUGUGUUGCCAGUUCCAGAUCGGAGUGCCUACUGUCAGUUGGGCGGGGGAACACCGGGUGGAGGUAUCUACAGCCCAACCAGCCCUAAGACGAGCCCUCGAACCCUGGGUCCAACCUUUGUCUUCCCUCCUUCAUCCUCGCUUUCUCCCAGCUCCACCCCUCGUGCUUGCUCUCCCUCCCCGCGAAGCCCAGAGCUCCUAGGAGUCAAUGUGGGCCAGCGGGUCCGACGACUGAGCUCGGCCAGCGCUGAGGAGAGAGGGGAAGGAGAAGGGCAGGAGGAGAGGGUAGGAGAGACGGGAGGAGGAGAGAGGCGAGAGGAUAGGAGACGCCAGGCACAGCUGCUGCAGAUACACAGAGAGCUGCAGAACGUUGAGGUCAGGGGGAAAGUGGGCAUUUUCGAGGCCCACAUUUCCGGAAUUCGUGCCCAAGUGCUAAACACUGAGCUCCAGCGCAGCCCUCGAUCUCCAAGACGAUCGACAAGCCAAACCAGCCAACAAAACACAGCCCUCGACUGCUCAAUGACCCACCCGCAACAGAGUAAAGUUACAUCUGUUGUCCAAAAUGGAAGAGAAAGGGAGGAAGACACAAAGGAAGUAGAAAGGAGAGAAGGAGGAAGUAAAGAUGAUGAGAAGGACAACAGUGCUACUAAAACCAACACUGAGAACAAGACACUGAUUGGUCAAAAUGGCCGCCAUUCAGAAACAACAAUGCAAACUUCCUUAGUAGACGGACCGAUUGUCGUUCCAGGUUCCCUUGAGACAUUAAACCCAGAUGCAACAACAGACAAAGAGAAAGAAGGAGAAAGGCAGAGAGAAAAGGACAGAGAAAAAGACAGAGGGGAGGUAGAGAACACACAAAUGUCGGGAGACAAAGAACAGACAGAGAGAGAAGUGAGAGAUGUGAAAGAGGACCGGUUGUGUCUUGAGAUGCUGCUUCAGAAAGAGACAAACAGGUUGGAGGUUAACCCGGAAACAAAUGCUUUUCCUCAGGCGCAAAGCAGUGAGAGUACCCCUUGUUUGCUGGACACUGAUCCCACCUCCAACCACUCUCCCUCCAUCCCUGCAGUCAUAAUAACUGACCACGGUUUGGAAAGUCAGCCUCAUUCUGAAGGCCCUGACUCAGACCAGGGACUAGGCUGCACCUCAAGCCCCAGUUCUAGCCCUGCCUUUGGGACAAACUCAUCCACCCGCUCCCUCAGGAAGCUGUCGUCCUCCUCGGCCUCCUCGGCUGGUUUCUCCUCGUCUUGGGAAGAAUCGGAAGAAGAUAUUUCUAGUGAUACAGAGAAAGGAGAGCAUCUUCUCAACCCUGCAGUCCUUACUUCUCAACAGAGAGCACACAAGUCUUGGAAGAAGAUUAAGAACAUGGUCCACUGGUCACCGUUUGUCAUGUCCUUCAAGAAGAAAUAUCCCUGGAUACAACUGGCUGGGCAUGCAGGAAGCUUCAAGGCGGGAGCAAACGGCCGUAUAUUAAAAAAACACUGUGAAUGUGAGCAGCGCUGUUUGUCCCUCCUGAUGAGGGACGUACUGCGCCCGUACGUCCCUGGUUACCAUGGAGACGUCGAGAAGGACGGCCAGAAAUACAACCAGAUGGAGGAUCUGCUGGCUGAGUUCGACUUCCCGUGUGUGAUGGACUGUAAGAUGGGAGUGAGGACCUACCUUGAGGAAGAGCUGACCAAGGCUCGUAAGAAACCCUCCCCAAGACCCGACAUGUAUCAGAAAAUGGUUGAGGUUGAUCCCGAGGCGGCCACGCCAGAGGAAAACCUCCAGAAAGCCGUGACCAAACCCAGAUACAUGCAGUGGAGAGAGACCAUAAGCUCAACAGCCACCCUGGGAUUUAGGAUAGAGGGAGUCAAGAAGGAGGACGGGACGGUGAACAGAGAUUUUAAGAAAACAAAGACGAGAGAGCAAGUCAUCGAGGCCUUCCAUGACUUUGUCAAAGGAAAUAAGGACAUUCUGAACUGUUAUCUUAGCAGGCUGAAGGAAGUAAGAGACACUCUGGAAAUUUCCCCAUUCUUCAAAACCCACGAGGUGAUUGGCAGCUCCUUGUUAUUUGUUCACGACAGCAAGGGACGGGCCAAAGUCUGGAUGAUUGACUUCGGGAAAACUACGCCUCUUCCUGAAGGGGAAGAACUAACCCACCGAGUAUCCUGGCAAGAGGGCAACAGAGAGGAUGGUUACCUUUCUGGACUUGAUAGUUUGGUGGACAUCAUUUUAUCUAUGGUGAACUCGGAGACUUGAAGUCUACGGGGUUUUUCAAAAGAAAUCCAAUUGAACAUUUGGACACACAUCAACCACUUCCAUUCAUUCUUCCUCUCUCUCGGGAACACUUUGGACUUCCUCAGGAUUCCUUCACAGACAUUUAUCCACCAAACCACAUCAUCACAAAACAAUGCGUGGCCGUAUCCAUUCAUGGAUGCAGCCUUUCUAUUCAUCUACAGUGGAUUUCAAUGUCAUUCUCUUCCAUAGCCCUUUUGAUGCGAUCCUUAUACCCUCAUGAGCAGGCUGUAAUAGGCCUUUUUCAGAGCAAACUUUUUAACUUUAAAUACUUAAUAUAGCUCAGUUCCAUUAUGUCUCCCGGUAAGCCAUCCCUGUAAAAAAAGAAGGUAUUUUUUAAAUGCAUUAUACCUGCAAGACAACUUUUUUACUAAAGAAAUUACCCUUAAAAACAAAACCAUGUAGAUUGCUUAAUCCAAAUGUAAAGGCUAAGGCUGGUGAUAUGAUUAUAUUUUUUUGUCAUUGUAAACAAAUCCCAUAAAAAGACCAAAAGAGUUAUGCGUUACAGUUUGUUUUUCUAUAUCUGCCCAGCCUGUCUGUGGCUUUCAGCCCCGAGACCAUUUGUUCCAGCUUAAAAAAUAAUGGAUUACACAUAUGUGGUUUCAUUUUUUUAAAGACUAAAUAAUUUUAUAAAACAGCUGGACACUGUAAUUUUUUUAGGGAACAUUAUGUGUGAAUUUUGAACAUUUCUGACUUUGGCGCUACCUGGUGGUAAUAUCAAAAAAGACACUAAUGGUAUAAUUUUGUACAUGAUGCUAGCCUAAUUUGAAAGAUGCUAUAAUCACAAACAAACAUGUAAUGCCUUUUUUAAACUCACAUAUUUGGCAUUAAAUGUCUUGAUUUGGGUACACCCCCGCUCUCAUAACUUUUAAACAGUUAUACUCCUGUGUAUAUCUGUUAGAUGGAUCCCCAUUCAAUCAGAGUUAGGUUGUAUUUCCUCCUCAGCUUUUCUGAACUCAAUGUUAUAGAAGUUUUUUGUCUGUUUGAUAAGUUUGACCACAACUUCAGCACAUUGACAUUUCUUAUAAAAAACAAAUCUGCACUUGAUUACAUUUCCGCUGUUAGAGAUUUUACAGUUAAGUGUGUUUUUCAGUGGAAACCAAAACUAGUCUUUUAGCUGUUUUUAACCUCUGUUUAACCAUUCACACUUUAGAAACUGUAGGUUGGUCAGUGAGGUUUUCAGUGGCAGCCAUGUUUGCCCCAUAAUAAUCUGGCAAUAACUGGCAAUUAUGUGGAGCUAAAUUAUACAUCUCACAGUAGUUUCAGUAUGUUAUGGAAGGCUUUGUUUCAUAUGUAACAUAUUUACAUUGGUAGUACUUCCCUGGCCAAACACUUCUCACCCUAUUCACACUUUUGUUGGGAUUGUUCACAUAUUUACAAUGAGAUUUAUCAUGUUUGAUGUAGUUUUGUAACAUUAUUUUAGUGUACUCAAAUCCUGUGGAACACUUACAGCCAUGAACAAUCUUAUUUAAGCUAUACAGUGCCUUGACAUGACAAAGCCAAGUCAGACAACUGAAAAUAUGUUCUUAUUGUAAAUGUUAUGAUGGACUUUUCUCCUAGUCUUAACUCAGUUGCUGUGUGUAGUCUUGGGUGCAUGUUUAUUAUCCUCUUAAAGUGUGGGCUUAAUUUGUAAUUCAUUCUGUUUUUAUUUAUAACAUAUUAUGUGGUUUUUUUUUUAGUUAAUGGGAUACUAUGGCAUUUUGAACUUUGGGCUGUUAUGUGGUUCUGUCUUCAAGCAUGUGUUACAAGAUGAGUGGAAGUCAAACUGGGGGGCAGGUCAUUGGCAUUCUGGACAUUAUUCAAAACAUUGGAUAUGGCUAUAGAACGAAUUGAUAAUGUUCAGAUAAUGAUUCCCAUUUACUUUAAUGGAGAAUGCAAACAUUCACUUUGAAAAUGGUUGGGCUGGAGGUGGCGAAAAAUAUGUCUCAUAAUGUAACAGGUUCUUGAUGAAGAAUAAAAUCAAAAUAGUUCCAU